GUCCUAAUAAGUACGAAUGUACGAUGAUGUGCUUGAUCAGCUGUCUUACUCUUAUGUUGUGUGUGUGGGUUCAGUGAGAGACAAAGGUGGUGACUGUCAUCUAUGGCGACAACACCGAACAACAACAACCCGGUGGCUACGAGAGGAGGAACCCCAGGUGUGGCGGUGCCUGCUGCUAAUCCUUCUCCGCCUCCGCCGCCCAAAUCCCAACGCGGCCAUAACAAGCCCAAGUGCAAGCAGUGUGGCAAUGUCGCUCGUUCUAGGUGCCCUUAUGAGUGUUGCAAGAGUUGCUGUGCCAGAAAUCAAAACCCAUGUCAUAUUCAUGUGUUAAAAGCAAAUUCAACUGUUCCUGAAAAGACGCCAUCUUCUGGUGCUGCCCCACUUGAUCAGCAAUCCUUGGAACUACCUCAUUCAACAAAUGCUGGUAGAGCUGCAUCUCUUCGACAACUUUCCAAUAGUUUUGCUCAGUUCAACAAUUUGCACCUUUCACUUCGUUCAAAAAAGCCACUGACAAGAAAGGAUGCUGAGGCUAUCAACGAGUGGAGAUUUGCCAAGUUAAAGGAAUACAAGGAGCGAAACAUCGAAGUAGAGAAUGAAGCUUUUGACCGGUACAUGCAAAAUGUAGAUUUGCUGGAAGAAGUAUUGGCUGUGCAGUCUUCAGACGACAAUGUGUCCUCUGCAUCGGAAUCUAAUCCGGCUUCAACGGAGAACAACGAGACAAUGAUCCCUUGGCUAAAAUUGCAGAUAAGUUCAAACUCGAUGAGAAGCAAUGCUGUGAGAACGAGAGUACAACAAAUUGUGGAUGAGGGACUAAUGAAGCUUCAGAAUAGUGCUGUGGAUGGUGAGAUCAAUGAACCAAUGGAUGAAGCUGAUGAGGUUUCAAAGAGUGGAAAGGGAACUGAAAGGUUAUCGGCUUUAAAUGAUCUCAUGGAUAAAAUUAACAAAGCCCGAACUGAAGAGGAUUUGAAGUUGUGCUUGGAGUUGAAGUCCCAGCUUUUUGAUUCGAGUGAAGGCUCUGGCAUUAUGGAAGGUGAAGGCAGUGAAAUGCUUGAGAGUGGAAAAGCUGCUGAGCCUGCAAGGGAUGAGACACCUGCAAUAGGAUUGAAUUAUUCUUUACCAAAAAUGGUUGUAACCAAUGAAAUUGAUCAAGAAACUCUCAACAUUGUGGACAAGCACUUUUGUUCUCUGGAGGAUGUAGAGGAGUUAUGAGGCUAGAUUUCUUGAUGGUUAAGAUUUAGCUUUUUUUUUUUUGGUUACAGGUUAAGAUUUAGCUUUAGGAGAGAAGCAGAAGAACUGAUUAAUGUUGUAUUGUUCAAGGAUAAUACUUUGUGAUUAGAAUAAAGGACAAAACUGGGCCCAAUCAGGUUAAACAAAAUCAUUAUUCAGAUGAACUUAAUUAAAACAUGAUUUGAAACUA